UACGUCACUUCCUGAAGUUAUUUCCAUUUGUUUGUGGCGAGCGCCAGCAGUUACCUGCUAAACACCAAAGAUAACCUUACUAUUUUAUCCAGUAACAUGUCAAUAUAGGAGUUACAGUACUUUUGUAUCCUAGAAGUUCUUCUAAUCUGAAAACAUGCUAGCUGUAUAGGGGUUAGCAAACGUGUUAGGAUUAGAAAAGAGGAAAACGUGCGUUCGCGAUCAGAAAUAGUUGAUCAGCUAACGUUAGCUAGCUAGUUUAGGUUAAUUGGCUAACUAUUGUUAGCUACCCCGGUCCUGGUACGGUUGGUAUUGUUGCGUUGAUCGACUUUUCAGCAGUUCUAAGCUGAUGGAGUGCCCUCAUUUGAGCUCAAACGUAGGCUGUGCCUCCGAUUCCCCCAGGUUCCCCAACGGUAUACCGUCCUCUUGGUGUUGUAACGUUUGCAGGUCUAAUAAGAGUCCUUGGAUAUGCCUUACUUGUCUGAUGGUCCAUUGUGGUCGAUAUGUCAAUGGGCAUGCUAAGAAGCACUUUGAGGAGAACCAAGGCAUUGGCACCAGUCAGAGGAAGGGUGACAAACAGGAGAAAGAGAAAACCCAUCAUUCUGUGUGCAUGGACUGUUGCAACUACAGUGUGUUUUGUUACAGAUGUGAUGACUUUGUAAUCAAUGACACCAAACCUGGACAGGUGCAGAAGGUGAGGGAGCAUCUUCAAAGUUUAGAAAAUUCAGUGCUCAUAGGUGAAAGGCAGAGGAAAAGAAAACUUCUGGAAAGCCCAGCUUCAGAUGGCAAACUUUUAAAAGACAAUGAUGGGGUGGCUUUAGGUGCUACUGGUCUGCGAAACCUGGGCAACACAUGUUUUAUGAAUGCCAUUCUGCAGUCCCUCAGUAACAUCGAGCAGUUCAGUUGUUAUUUCAAGGAGUUGCCCGCAGUAGCUCUACGCAGCGGUAAGACGGCAGGAAGAAGGAUGUACCACACCCGCAGCCAAGGAGACAGCAGUGUAUCUCUGGUGGAGGAGUUCAGAAAAACCCUUUGUUCCUUGUGGCAAGGAAGCCAGACCGCCUUCAGUCCAGACUCUUUAUUUUAUGCCAUAUGGAAAAUCAUGCCAAGUUUCAGAGGCUAUCAGCAGCAGGAUGCCCAUGAAUUCAUGCGUUACUUGCUAGACCAUCUCCACAGGGAGCUCCAGUGCAGUCGCAAUGGGGCAUCUCACCCAGUCCCGCCACAGGAUGGAGUCAGACUUUCCUCCACAGAGGGCAAAUGCUGCAUAAAUGGUGCCAGUGUUGUCACUUCUAUUUUCGGGGGUGUUCUUCAGAAUGAAGUCAACUGCCUGAUAUGCGGGACAGAAUCUCGGAAGUUUGAUCCAUUUCUUGAUCUGUCAUUGGACAUUCCCAGUCAGUUCAGACAAAAGAGAAGUAAGGACCAGGAGCCUGGUCCGACAUGCACCUUAAAAGACUGCCUACGUAGCUUCACAGACCUGGAAGAACUUGAUGAAACGGAGCUGUAUUAUUGCCAUAAGUGUAAAAAGCGCCAGAAAUCAACCAAGAAGUUCUGGAUCCAGAAGCUGCCAAAGGUUUUGUGCCUGCACCUGAAGCGGUUCCACUGGACUGCCUUUUUGAGAAACAAGGUGGAUACAUAUGUGGAAUUUCCUCUGAAAGGACUAGACAUGCGGGGCUACUUACUUGAGCCAGAGAACUCAUUACCAGGGAGUUGCCUGUAUGACCUUGCUGCUGUUGUGGUGCAUCAUGGCUCUGGGGUUGGAUCAGGGCAUUAUACUGCAUAUGGCAGCCACGAGGGCCGCUGGUACCACUUCAAUGACAGCACAGUGACUCUGACCAGUGAAGACACAGUGAGAAAAGCAAAGGCUUACAUUCUCUUCUAUGUUGAGAGGACGGGUCAAGUGUGCGUCGACAAGAUUGGCACAGAUGGUGCAGCCACGUACAAGCCUGAUGUGGACACAGCUUCCACAGACAGUGUUUCGUCAGAAAUAGUUUCUCAGGACAAGGUUGGAGCAGACACAGUGGCCACAGAUGUGGGUAUGAUGGAUGGGGUAGCCACACACAGGAAUAUCCUGGAUGAAAAAGCCCAAGAUGAUGUGUGCACAGACUUGGCUACAAUAAAUGAGGCUGACACCGUGUCAGGAGAGGCUGCAACAGAUGGGGAUACCUCAGAAAAGACCGGAGCAGAUGAUGGUCUCCAAACUAUACAAAGUGUUGCACCAUGAUUCUGUCAGAUUUCACCAGCUUAGUCUAGCUUGUCACCUCAUUUUGGUUUCACCUCAGCCAUGUUUGUGAUAUUUGUCACAGUGCUUGGUUAUCCUUAUUAUUAUUAUAGUUAAUUUUACCAUUAAAUAUAUUAAUAUCUCUUUUAUGGACUGCUUGAAAGCCUCAUGGUUAACUGGCUGCUUUUUUGUGUAUCACUUUCUCAAUGUAUUCCUCAGUUGAGGUAGACUUUUCUCUGUAUGUGAUAGAUUCCAAGUGUGAUCAUUCAAAAUAAUGAAGUAAAGUUUUAGCCUUGGAAACCCUUAUUUGUUCCAGUGUUUAGUAGGCUGAAAUUCAUUGUGUCAACACACUGUCAUUGUAACAAUAUCUGGCAUUUUUAAAUGUCUCAUUUUCUUUUUUUCAUGUUAUAAAAGCCUUGUCUUGAUUUCCAUUUAUUUUUAGUAUUUUAUUAGAGCCUGUUGGAAAGUUGUUUUAACUUCUUGACCACAAUUUGACAGAUUGAUCUUAAAUUUAAUUUGUUUUGGUGGUAGUGUCAUUUAACGUUUUAUAUUGUUUUAAAGUGAGUAGUGAAGGGACUUGAUGAGAUCCAUUUCUUUAUAUGUAUCAAGCAACAUUCACAUGAUGGAAUAUAAUUGGAAGUAUUGUAUUAAAGUUUGUUUCUCAUUAUGUCUUUAAUUAGAAUCCCUGCUUCUCUUGUAAUGAGUGGUCAAUCUGUUGUAAUUAUCAAGACAAGAAAUACAAGGGCUUUUCUUUUUAAAUUCUCUUUAAAGCAUUUUUUAUCCACCCGGUGCUAAUGUGCUGUAAAUGUUAAAAACUGAUUGAUUACCAAAGUCCUAAUAAUAAAUAUCAAGAAUCA